AUGACGACCUACAUCCCCUCCCUCACAAUCCCCUACUCCGUCUUCGCCAACCCGACGGCCUCCGUGCUGCUCCCCGUGGUCCUCGGAACAGCCGUCGGCUUCGGCACCAGGCCCACCGAGCCCCAAAAGACCUACAUGGCCCUCAAGCAGCCGCCCCUGCGGCCCCCGCCCGAGGUCUUCGGCCCCGUCUGGACCGUCCUCUACGGCCUGAUGGGCUACGCCGCCUACCGCGCCGUCAACGCCGGCAUGUCCCCGCUCAGCAGCGUCGACCACAUCCGCAUGACCAAGCACGGCGCCACGCUCUACACCAUCCAGCUCGGGCUCAACCUCGCCUGGAUGCCCCUCUUCUUCGUGCUCAAGCGGCCCAUCGAGGCCACCGUCGACGCCGCCGCCCUGCUCGGCGUCAACGCCUACCUCGCCUACCUCUGGGGCUCCGUCGACAAGGUCGCCGGCUGGUGCAUGGUCCCCUACCUCGGCUGGCUCGGCUUCGCCACCUACCUGUCCGCUGGCGCGGGCUACCUGAACAACUGGGACUUCAAGAACAAGGACGUCAAGUCCGCAUGA